AUGACGCAAAACUCGCAAAUGUCACCGGCACCGCGGCGGAGCGCGGAUGCUUCGUCCGUGGAAGAGAUCGAUCGCGGCAGCAUCCGAGUCAUCCCGGAGGGCAGCAUCGAGAUUCAACCACCGCCCAUGUUGAUGAACAGCGCACCAUGGCGAAUCAUCUGGGGAUUCGGUCUACUCGCCAUCGUCGAGUUAGCCAUGAACGCCGGCGCCGGCGCCGCGGCAGCGAAAGUCGGCUCCGAUCUUAACGGGGUCACGCCGACGACUCUGGCCAUUCGGAUGGGCGCGCUGGCUGGGCUGACAAAGGCCGCUUUGACAACGUUCCGAGAGAUAGUACUCAUGAACGGCGUCAACUUUGGGUUCCGCAUGCUGCUCUUCCUGAUUACAUCCUCUAUCGGCAUCUGCCCUCUGCUAGUGACGGAAGUCGGCAACAUCGUUCUCGGAGAGACACCCAAAGAGCUCGUCAUCGCAGGAGUCGUGGCAGCCUUCCCUCUCUUCUUCGAGUCGAUCCGUGACAUCAAACCCAAGCCAGAUGACGACGGAAGAAUAAACUAUUACCGCUGGGUAUACGCUGUUUUUCUCAUCGGCACCGAUGCUCUCGGCGGAUACGUCUUCGCCCGCAUGGCUUCGAACCAAGGCAUGCCCGUAAGCAACUACAAAGCAGCUUGCUCGGCCGGGGCCGUCUACGGGACACUCACCUUCGUGUCACGCGCCAUAACCGGCUGCGUCGCGAUGAUCCAGAACAAGUCCGAAGGGAUAGUUUCCGACAUCUUCGGCGUUUGGGAAGUCGUCCUUCCGGACAAGAUCGUUGUCACGGAAGAAGAGUACAGACAAAUGCAGGAUGGCCUGGCGAAAUUGUUGACGCAGUUCUUCAGCUCCGGGACACGCGGGCUGGGUUCAAUGCUGACUUGCUGUUGCUGUUGCUUUCCCAGAGGUCGAAGGUGGGCCAAGGGGGUCAGGGAGGAUAUGUUCGACAGCGAAAUUGAGGGUGAUGUCGGGUUCAUGGGUGUGCAGCUUGCGCAGAGCAUGCUCCCGACGAAGACUGUGAAUGCGCAGCAUCGAACGGAAUCAGUAUGA